CUGGCAUCCUUCCCGAAAUGACUUCUACGCCCCUCCGAGAUCUACGACCCAUCGUCAUCUCUGGGCCCUCAGGCGUGGGCAAAGGGACUCUGAUCGACAUGAUCUCUGCUGCACACCCGGGCACAUUCGGAUUAACUGUCUCUCAUACGACACGCAAGCCUCGGAAUGGCGAAGUCGAGGGCGUAAACUAUUAUUACGUCUCGCCUUCCGACUUUUCGCUUCUCGUCUCCCAGGAUGCCUUCGCGGAGCACGCAUCUUUCAGUGGCCACUCCUAUGGAACUAGCAAACAGGCCAUUGCAGACCAGUCAGCAAAAGGAUUGGUGGCCAUCCUGGAUAUCGAGAUGGAGGGUGUUAAGCAGAUGAAGGCCAGCCUCGGCGCCCAGGCGCGCUACGUGUUCAUUAAACCACCGAGCUUUGAGGCGCUCGAGGCGCGUCUUAGGAGUCGCGGCACGGAGAACGAAGACCAAAUCCAGAAGAGGCUGGCUCAGGCCAGAGUCGAGCUUGAAUUCGCCGACACGCCGGGCGUUCAUGACUUGGUCAUUGCCAAUGACGACCUGGACAGGGCCUUCCGGGAGCUUGAGGCAUUUGUAUUCAGGCCGGCAUCUUGAUUGAGUACCAGAUCCUCUGUCUCUAUUUCUAAGCUCCUUCUCAACGUCACGGAGUUAGAUACGCAAUUUCAUUUGGCUCAUCGCCCCGAAGACAAGCGGUGCAAGUGUGUGUUGGUAGGAAAGCUUAGGUGGACCGUCAUAAGCAACCUUGGAAUAUAAACUCCGCGGGUUCAGCACGACGUCGG